AUGGCUAUCACUUCGCGCGUUGGCGCGGCGGGAUCAUCCUCACGUUCUCAACGACUCGCGAACUCCGAAUGCCAUACUCCGACGGCUCCAGCGGCGCGAAGGUGGAAGAUGACUCAAGCGACACCUAGGAACUCUUGGUGUUUGGAGACGUUAAAGGUCGCCGCAAAGAUCAUCCGUGGGAGGACGAGGAUGAGCGCAUCGAGACCUUGCGCAAAUGGGCGAGGCAGCAGUCUGGAUGGAUUUGUACGAAUGGAGAUUGGCUUCGAGGUCAUGUAUUGUGACAUGACCAACGGUCUCAAGCUCGUAUCUGCAGUCGAAGCGAUGCCCUACGUGCCUAUCUCAGGCAAUAUCGACCCUCCGAAUCGCGGUAUGGGUAGUCCACGCUGGCGCGAGCGUCCCGGCCGUCCGUCUGGCUGGCGCGAUUCUCUACCGACCAAAACCGGCAACAACAUCCGCGUCGCAGCCAAGCGACAUGCCCAAGCACCAGGGGAGACUCGCGUACAUACACUGUACGACAAGAUUGUCACGCUUUGCGAUCUCGCCGUCAUAAGCUUGUUGAAUUCGCGUCACGGGAAGCCUUGCGAGGAGCACCGACUAAAGGGGGUAUCCAAGGCGGACGCGGGCGCGAAGUUACGGGAGCUGGAUGGGUUGCUCAGCGAUUGA